UGUCUGUUGUAGAGAGCCUGAGUUUCAACUUGUUCUCAACGCAUGCUGUUUCUCUGAAGCAACCAAUCCUCUACGACGAACGUGGUGCAACCCUACAAAAUGGGCUGCUCUUUGCUAGAGAGGAAAAACCGUCUGCAUCGUAUGCCAUGCGGUUGCCGUACGACCCAUCUGCGAUUAUUGUAGACCCUGCGGCUUUGCCCGUAUUCGUGACUGCCCCCGAUUCCGCCCCCGCCGUUGGCUCCGCGCGAUCCUGAGAUCACAACCGCUUCCACCGCUCCCUUGCCCACGCUUGCGAGCCUCUUUUGAGAGAAACUGCCCAGCAGAGAGGCAUCGUGCUCACCGGCAAGCUGGAACCGUGCACGGACUGCAUGAAGGCGAAGGGCAGGCGAGCGUCGGUGCCGCGGGGGCCGGGAGCGAGGGCGUCCAAGCCUCUCGGGCGUGUUCACCUGGACCUGUGUGGACCGCUGGUGCCUUCCCUGGGCGGCAACCUCUACCUGUUCGUCGCCGUGGACAGCGCCUCGCGGUGGAACAAAGUCUACGGCCUCCGGCGGAAGUCCGACGCGCUGGCGGCAACGAAAAGGCUGCUGGCGGACGUGGGGCGGUACGACAUCGGGCGCAUCGAGUGUUUCCGCGUCGACAACGGCACCGAGUGGACCCGCGGCGAUUUCCGGCGCUUCUGCGACGACAACGGCAUCGGCGUCGAGUUCACCCCGCCUGGCGUCCCGCAGUACAACGGCGUCGUCGAGAGCGCCAUCUGGCGCAUCAUGAAGGCCGGCAUGGCCGCCCGCCGCAGCGCUGGCCGUGUGUUCCACGUCGACUUCGCCUCCAUCCCCGGCCUCGACGAGCGUGGUGACCGUCUUUGGAUGGAAUCGGCGAAGUGGGCCGCCGACGCUCUCAACCAGUCGGCGACCAAGGCCAACCCCGGGCGGCGCUCGCCGCACGAGAUGUUCACCGGCGAGCAGGGGCCGUGCCGCGUGCUGCCGUUCUUCCAGCCCGGCUUCAUGCGCGAGGACCGCCGCACCAAGCUCGACGACCAGGCCACCCUCUGUUACUACCUGAACGGCGGCGACAACCACCCGAGCGGCACCGUCAAGGUCCUCAAGGCGUCCACCGGCCGCGUCGUCUACACCAACAACGUGUCGUGGGUGACGUCGGCGCCAGCCGGCGAGGGGGGUUCCGCUGGUAUCACCGCUGCGCCGACACCCCCCCCGUUCACGCCGCCGGUCGUCUCGAUCAACUUUGGCCCAGCACCGACGCCUUCGACCGCCACACCGCCACCGCCAGCGCCCACGCCGUCGCCCGCUCCCGCUCCUGCCUCGCCCCCUGCCGCAACGCCGCCGCCAGCGACCACGCCGCCGCCCGCUCCCACGACUUCACAGCCGCCCUCUGCCACUUCGCCGUCACCGUCGGCGACCCCCGCUCCUGGCAAUCCGUCCUCUGCCUCUCCGCCGUCACCGUCGGCGACCCCCGAUCCAUACCAGCCGCCGCCGCCGCCGGACCCCGCGAUGCCCCCGCUUACGGCUCACGCCAUGCGGCAGCUUCGCCCGGGUACAAAGGCCGAGGGUAUGACAGACCCGCGGCUGCCAAGCCGUACGAGAUCGGGCACGAGGCACAGCACAGGACUUGUCUCGAUGCUAGACAGGAACACUCUGGUGUCGAUGCUGGAGGCUCGGAGCGCGGUGGAUAAGGAGCGCAGGGAGCUGGGGGGGGCGGAGGCCGGAGAGCCGGGGGGAACGGGGGCCGGAGAGCAGGCGGGAGCACUCGCAGCAGUGGACCCGGGGGCUGCAGGAGCGGGCUUUCCACUCGCAUUUGCCACGCUCCUCGCCAACCGGGAAGACAUCGACGCCACGCUGCGAGACCAGCGCCCGCCGGAGCAACGCCCUGACCUUCCGCAUUGCCAGGCCAGCGACCUUCGUGUCCCCAAGAGCUACAAAGAGGCCAUGGCGUCGGAGCACCGGCACCUUUGGAGCGACUCUAUGCAAAGGGAGUUUUAUGGCUUGUUGGAAGCGGGGACUUUUACUCCGGCGAAGUAGCAACUAGUGGAGAACGCAAUUAACGCUAAGUGGGUAUUCGAUUGGAAGGCAGAUGAGUUUGGAUGGCCCACUAAGGUUAAGUCGAGACUUGUAGCGAGAGGUGAUAUGCAGAGAGAGUGCAUCGACUUUGGAGAGUUGUACGCGCCUACCCUUUCUGUUUCGUGUGUUAGGAUGUUGGCUGCUUUGGCGUGCGAGUUGAACUUUCGAUAUCGAGCAAGCUUUUGUGCGUUCGGAGUUGGGGGAAGACGUAUACAUGCGUUUGCCGCAGGGAUGUGGAGCUCUAUCUGGAAUGAUUGUAAAACUAGGCAAGAGUCUGUAUGGCUUGAGACAGGCAACUAGGCAGUGGCAUGCAAUGCUGAGGUGUUUGGUGGCGUUAGGUUUUGAACAGUGCAUGGCCGAUGCUUGUGUGUUUCGUUUGAUUGAGGAUGAAUGUGUUGUUUUCAUUUUGGUUAGUACAUGUAGAUGACAUUUUUGCUGUGGCAGAGAGGGAGAGAUGUGACAAAUUUGGCGCCAAGCUUAACAAGUCCGUGCAAGUGAAGAACCUGGGAGAGUUGAGAUGGUAUUCUGGGUGCUUUUACGAGAGGAACAAGGAGACCGGUAGAUUGACGAUUUCUCAGCAGACUUUCACGGGUGAGCUAGCAGCAGAAUUUGGAGUAGUGGGAGGGGUACGCUGAUGCGGACUUUGCAAGCAAGGCAGCAGGCCGUAGGUCGGUAUCAGGGGGGAUCGUGACGUGUUGAGGAGGCGCCGUGUCUUGGUUUUCCAGAACGCAGAAAAGUGUGUCACGCUUUCGACCACCGAAGCAGAGUACGUCGCGUGAAGGAGUGAAGGAGGUUUUGUUUUUAAGGCAGACUUGGCGUUUCAUGUUGCCGCAGGUCGGCAUGCCGUGCAUCCCCAUCUUCGAGGACAACCAGGGUGCGAUUCAACUAGCGCAGAACCCCAUCUCAAACUCGAACUCGAAGCACAUAGAUGUAAGGCACCAUU